GUGUCGGAGGACUGGCACAUUGGCGUCACCUUUGAUCCCAAGCCUAUUGAGGGCGAUUGGAACGGCGCAGGCGCCCACACCAACUUUAGCACGAAGGCGAUGCGCGAAGCGGGUGGCCUGGCAGUCAUCGAAACGGCUAUGCCGAAGCUUGCGAAGAACCACGCGAAGCACCUCGCCAAGUACGACCCGUCCGGCGGUGCGGACAAUGCCCGCCGACUGACCGGCCACCAUGAGACCUCGUCGAUGAGCACCUUCUCAUGGGGCGUCGCCGACCGGGGUGCCAGCGUGCGCAUCCCCCGACAGGUUGCCGACGAUGGCCAUGGCUACUUUGAAGACCGCCGCCCGGCCGCCAACAUGGACCCGUACGUCGUGUGCGAACAGCUGGUGCGCACCGUCUGCCUCGACGAGUAG